AUGUCAGCCUCGCCUCAACUCGCCGCCACCGAUCGAAGCAAACCCAACAGCCUAUUCUACCUCCCCGACGAGCUCCUCGUCCACGUCGUGUCCCACCUCGCCAGCGACGCGCAAACGCUAUGCGCCCUUGCACGCACCUGCCGUUUCUUCCAGAUCGAAGCCGAAAAGCACAUAUAUACAAAGAUUGGGCUCCUCUCUACAGACGAUCUCCAUGCUAUCAUCGAGGCAUUCACGCGCCGAUUCGAUCGUGUCGCUUCCGUUGAGACGCUCAAGAUCUUGUACCGUUUCCACGGUGGCCUCGGCGCUACCGCUGAUGAGCGUUCCGUGUUCAAUGCGUGUGUUGGGCACAUGCGGGCGCUGCGUAGCUGGGAGAUUGAAAGCCCGUAUGACAACUACAAGUGGGAUGAGGGCGGAGAUGAGUGGGUCUUGAAGGACAUGGAGAACUUCCGGAUGCACUUGGAGAAGGCUAGUUUGAAAGCCGUGGCAGGGAGUAUGAAUGAGCCGGGAGAUGUUGGACUGUCCAGACUGGAGAGCCCAGUUGUCAUUCAUACACAUGGUGUGAGCGACGAUUUCUGGAGCCUCGGGGACUUCCACUGCCUCUUUCGACACCCUACCCUACGCCACCUUCACGUGUCCUGCCUCGCUUUACCAUCAGACCUGCCUGAGCUCGAGCCGUAUGCGAAGUCGACCCCGCUCACCGAACUCGUCUUUGAUGAGUGCGAGCUCGAGCCGAAGAGCUUGGGCAGAAUUCUCGCGACGCCCAAGAAUCUCAGGCACCUCACACUGGGCGAGAAUGUCUACAACGUUAACGAGGGUAGAAGCGCGAAUCCUAGGCUGACGCGGGCCCCAGAAGCUGCCCUUGCAGCGUUGAAGCACGUCGCUCACUCGCUGGAAACCCUAGUACACCAUGAUCCGGCAUGGAGGCUCAAUGCGAACUACCAUAAGCCUGUCCCGAUUCCUGGCGAUGGUAUGCGGGCCUUUCACAGUCUGAAGGUACUGCGUGUCGACACAUGCUCGUUCUUGCAUCGCAGUAUCGCCCUCUCAUAUACACAAGCUCCACCUAACCUACACACGCUGCAGAUCCGGAACCCUCGCCCCAGGGUCACCCGUUUUGCAUAUUCAGGUGCUCCUACACACGAAGAUUUCUUCGAAAUUCUUCCACCAUACGAACCAUACACGUAUCUUGCCUCUUUGAGAACUUUGGAUUUCGUGCAAGGCGCGACCCAAGAGAUGCCGAUAGCAAGGGCAAACCACAUCGCCGAGGAUGAGGCCCUCAGGGAGCGUCACAGCAUCGCUUACAAACUGUUCAAACAUGGCAUCAAUCUCAAGGUCACUCUGGAGGCUACUUGGAGGGCUGGCUUAAUACCUCCCGUCCUCCAUGGCGAGCCUCCCCCAGAACUAGUCUGCAUGUAUGAUGCGGAGGAGAUUGGGUUCCGCCGCAACUGGGCCGCAGAAUUUGAAGCAGAGCAGCGAGCUCACGAUCUUGAAUAUGCCCAAACUUCUGCCUGGUUGCAGGGAAGGCCAUUACCGGACGAUGAAUAUAAAGGUAAGUCGCUGACGACUACCGUACCGGAGGAGCAAAGAGAGCUGCCGGAAACAGAUCAGCUUACGGAUUCCGAUGUCCGGUGCUGGCGAGGUAACGUGGCGCGUUCGCUCAACGCGCUGUGGGACCGUAUGCGAAAAGCAGACCCUGACGAAAGCGACAACGACGAGCCGCAGGCGUUCACGGUCAUGAUUGAGUCGGAUGACGGUGUUCUGUGGGAUGAUCCGUUUGACGACUUGGACGAAGAUCUGGACGAGGACUGGAUGGACGCCGAAGAGGGUGACAUCGAGUACGUGCUGGCAGAGGAGCUUGAAGGGAAUGGAGCUCAAGAGGAUGCCAUGUUCUGGGAAGCGCAGGCGCAGGCCUUGCUUGCUGCCGCUGCGGCGGCGGCGGAUGAGGAUGAUUUUACUGAGAAUGAGGUGUACGAAGACCUAGAUUAG